UAAAUACUGUACACUCGCUGCUACCCCCCACAGAAAAACUCUCCAAAUUUUGACCCCUCUUGCUCAAGAAACGAAGCCGGGGAUGAGCGCCCUUCGUCGCCUGUCAAAUGUCAUAGGCAGAGGUGGAGGUGGAGGCGGGGAUUCGGACGCAUCUGACGAGGAAACCCCGCACCGCCAUCACCAUCACCAUCGUCACCUCCACCAUCACCAUCAUGACAAGAAGGAUUACACGGUCAGUCCAACGGGCGGGAAUAUGGCGAUUAUAAUCUCUUCGGACGAAGAAGCGCGGCGCCGCCGACACCGCAAGAGGAGGGCCACCACUGCCGAUGCGCCCAAGGAAGGGUCUUCCCGACCGCCGAGGGAGAUAGACCCCGAGUUUGGACCGGGGAAAUCCCGUCCGCAUAAGCGUUCUUCGGUCUCUUCGAGCAGCGCAACAAGUAGUGGCUCGUCCAUCGCUUCGCCUGGCGGGGUGGAGAUCCAAGGGGACCGACGAAACCGUGGGGAAAGUCGUGAGUUUCCCGCCUGCGAAUGACGUUACCUCGUGCUAACUUUGAUGACCAAUUAAAGCCCCACUCACACCCCUUAUAAGGACCACCCCUCCAACCCCCUCACCACUGGAGCAGGCUCGCAGGGCAAAUUCACAGCCGGUCCAUCGACCGCCGCCCCCUUAUCCAGUUACUCCUCCUCAUCGAGACGCGACGGAGUACAUCGCUUUUUCCCCCGCUAGCAACAUGUCGUUCCAAGAUGGGCCACAGAAGCGCCACAGUGCUUCUGUCGUCCCCAGAAGGUUUGCGCCUCACCCGGGAGCGGUAGAGAUCGGGAGCAGUGAUUCCAUCGUGCAGGAACCAAAGAGAAUGGAUAGUUCCAGCCCUGGCGUACAGUCUCCCAAAACCUCAACCCACGGUCUGGACGAGAAGAACGCAUCCAAACCCGCUCGUCCCUCCGGUCUGGGCAAGUAUAGGAGCUCCGUCCGUGAGAACCAGUACGACUUUCUCAAAACCUUUGACACCGUCUUCGUGGUCGACGACUCGGCGUCCAUGGCAGGCGAGCACUGGGACCAACUCGGCCAAGCCCUCGAAACAAUCGCCACCAUCGCCACCAAAUACGAUUCCGAUGGCAUAGACAUCCACUUCCUCAACUCCCCCCAGUACGACCGCAAGCAUGUCACCUCCCCAACCACCGUGAAGGACCUCUUCAACCUCGUCCAGCCUGCGGGCAUAACCCCCACCGGCGCUUGUCUGGACCGCAUCCUGCGAGAGUACCUGGACAGCUAUGCCGACGCGAAGGCCGCCUACACUUCGUCCAGCACCACUCCCGGCCCACAACCAACAAUGUACGCCUCGCUCCCAAAGCCGCUGAACAUCCUCGUGCUGACGGACGGGGAACCGACCGACGACCCCGAGUCCGUCAUCGUCGCUGCCGCUCGGAAUCUGGACAGGCUCAACGCACCACUGCACCAGGUCGGCAUACAAUUCGUGCAGAUUGGAAACGAGGAGGGCGCGCGCGAAGCGUUGGAGGAAUUGGACGACGCGCUCGAGGGGGUCUACGGCAUCAGGGACAUGGUCGACUUUACGCCGUUCGUGGAAGCCCCCGGCGCCGGGGUUGGGGGGAAGGUUAGCGGUGAGAUGAUUCUGAAAGCGCUCCUGGGCGCCGUGAAUCGGAGGUAUGAUCGGUGGGGGAAUGAGUUUUCGAAAUAACUCUGCUCGGUAAUUUUCUUGUGUUUGUUUUGACUUUUUAUUUGUUUCAUUUGAUGGAUUUCUUUGGGUGGAGUUUGGGUUGAUUCACGAGGGAUGAUGUUAUGUGUUUCUUGUGUAUUGUACCAAUGUAUUUAUAUCUGGUGGGGAGGGAUUUUUUUGUUUCUCUUGUUUCUCCUAUAUCGGCAGUCUGGUUGGUCUGGCAGCCGGGAUCAGGGUUCCCUGAUAUCAUAUUUUGUAUACUUUUCUCUAGUCUUAUGAAUUACGAAAUUGGUUUUGGGAUGGCAUUCGUUGCAUAAUAAGUCACUCGCGCCCCGUGUGGGUUUGCGAAUCGUCACCUUAUUUCCUCGCUGCAGCUUUUCUCUAUCUUGUCCCCGUUCUCCGGUCAUCUCUGUUUCCCUUGUUAAAUCUCCUCCCCGUUCCCUUCUCUGACUCUUUUCUCCGCUACUUGUUUCUCCGCUACACAAUAAUAAACAGCGAUCUCUCCUUCUGCAAGUCCUCCUCCCCCUUGCAAUGUAAUUCGAUCCUCAUGACUUUUUGACCUCUGCCCCCCCCCCCCCCCCCUCCGAUACUUCCUGGAGCCACGAUAGAGGUCCCAGAAAGGGUAAACAAAGGGGUAGCAGAGGGGGCGUGAGGAGCUGUUUGUCGCAUUGACUUUUGACAGGAAAGUUGCCAUCGUAUAAUACAAGACGCAGCUCGGGCUCACGACAGAACUCUGAUGAUUCCUUUGCUCUAGUUUCGCAGUUCGGCGUAAGCAUGCAAUGGGUUAGACUAGCUAUCCCGUGCAGCGGUGACAAGUGCCGAGUUUACCUACUGUACGUGACGCUGAAUAUUUGUGAUUACUGUAGCCGUACAGCAUUACAAAUUUUUAUUUUUUUAUUUUUUUCCUUUCAUUCUUGCCUGGACGGAAACCGGAAGAAGAUGUAUGAUAAGAACAUUGAAAUUUCCGACACUGUCAUAACUCGAGUACUGCGGAGGGGAUGUCGUCGUGUCGCGGGAGCCCUGCAUGUCUAAUUCUCAAAUUAUCAUUAUCAUUAUUAAUAUUAUUAUUAUUACAAAAAAAUAAAAACGGCGCAAACGGCAGGGUACAAGUACUGUACUCAUCCUCCCUGCGGC